GGCCCUCCCUCCUACUUCCUGUGUGUUUCUCUAUUCCUUUUCCUGACUCCCUCUCUCUAUGACCACUUCCUGUCAGCUAGUUGCUAACUCCACCUCUUGACCCAAGGUUUCAUUUAAUUAGUGCAAACUCGGGAUUCACAAUGUGGUCAGAUAACUUUCAACAGAUCCUGAUCCUCCCGGACCUGUUCCCUUUUCUAGAGAAAGGUGACAUCGCCCCUUCAUUUCAGCCUGACUCCUGUAUUAAACCCCUAAAGAAGCUCCGGCUGAGGCGAAAGAGACACUCAAGGCACACAGAGUCCUUGGGUAGGCACACUCCCGCCACCCUACAUAAAUGUCGUUUUACUUAAACUAUAGACUGAACUGGUAUCUUCCACAUCAUCAGGCUUAAAUAGACUUCACGUUUCAGAGUAUCUGGAAGGCAGGACCUGGGCUGCCCGGCUCCUGACAGUCCGGGCGGAACCUUGAUGCUCGCCCCACUGCAGGCCGCGGAGGGAAGCCGAAGCCCUGCGCCACUGUCUUACUAAAGGAGUGUAAGCCCCGCGGUUCGUUCUUCCCCACGCCGGGCUGGCUGCGGGCGGGGCGGGGCGGGGCAUGGCCACCGCGGAGCUCCAGGGACACGCGGUGCAGAUGUCCACCCAGCCUGGCGCGGCCCCCGAUGGCACGGCAGAAGCUGCGGGACUGCCUUCCGGGCGGGGCGGCGGCGCGGCCCUUGGUCUCGGGGAACGCCCGCCCGCUGCUGUGGAGAAGCGGGGACCAUACAUGGUGACCCGCGCACCUUCUAUUCAGGCUAAGCUUCAGAAGCAUCGGGACCUGGCCAAAGCCGUUCUACGGAGAAAGGGCAUGCUGGGGGCCUUGCCGAACCGCCCCGAUUCUUCAGGGAAAAGGUCAGUGAAGUUUAACAAGGGCUAUACUGCUCUUAGCCAGAGUCCAGAUGAAAACCUGGUGUCCCUUGACUCUGACAGUGAUGGGGAGCUGGAAUCCAGAUACUCCUCCGGGUAUUCCUCUGCAGAGCAGGUGAACCAGGAUGUGAGUCGGCAGCUGCUGCAAGAUGGCUAUCACCUAGAUGAGAUUCCAGAUGAUGAGGACCUGGACCUCAUCCCCCCUAAGCCUGUUGCCUCUUCCGCAUGCUCUUGCUGCUGGUGCUGUCUUGGGGAUUCUUCCUGUACCGUCCAGUAGCCAUGACCCUCCAGGAUGGGCCCUGCUCAUUGUGAGCCCUGAUGGCUCUUCACAGCUCAGCGCACUGGGCACUCUUGCCAGCCUAGAAUCACUGGAACACUGACCUUCUGGGCAGGCCACUGACCUCCAGGCAGCUGUCACCUGGUGCUUCUCCUAUCAGAAGCCCCUGUCUGGGUCACAGGCCAUAGGUCAAAGUCUGCACUUCUCUGUUGGGGCAGUUUCAAGAAGCCAAUCUAAUAAGGGUAGGAGAAGAGACUUUCUGCGGUUCUUAUGCUACUGACAAAGAUUGCUAAGAAAACCAUUUGCAGACAUUCUGACUGGUGUUUGUUGGGGUGUUCUGGGGAAAGGGAAAGAAAGAGCUCCUCUGCCCAGGCUGUGCUGGAUGGUGUGAUGGGAGGCAGAAAGCAGCACUUUACACCUGAAAGACUGUAACUGAGACCAAUUCAAAAAAUUCUGUGUUUUUCUUGCUCCAGCUCUAAGGUCAGUUAACAGGUUUGACCUUCAAGAAAGCACAAAGUGGGUUGCUACUUCAGGUUACAUAUGUCUAGUUAUGGCAAGGAAUAGAACUUGAUGAUGAUGUAGGAUUGUGGCUUUCUGAACCUCUAGACUUGGGGCAUUCACUCUACUAGUCCUGCUGUCUGGAUGGGUCUAGUAACUGGUCAGCCCUUCCCUAGUUAAAAGGAAACUGUUCUGUCAUGUAUAUGUUCAUUUUUCUGCAUUUCCUUGGCCUUUGCUAGUUUUUCCACCUGUUUGGUUUUUUGUUUUGUUUGAGCUAAUAGUUGGAUUGGCUCCUGAGGCUGGCACCAGAAACCUGCAGUUUUUGUGAUUACCAGCAGAGGGAGCUGCUGGGCAGUCAGUGCCUUCCUGUUUAGCUUUUAAAACAUUGAGUGAAUAGAUGUCCUGGUGUAGCUGUGUGGCUUUGGCCUACAUGGGAAUGUUCAGCCAGGAUGGGGAAGAGACCUAAGCCAGCUUCUGGACCCCACUUGAGAUAGAUCAAUUCACAGUGCAAGGGGAUUUCCCUCUUCUAACAAGAUUAUUCCUAUGGCACAUUCCUCUGCCCCAGCACAGGGCUCACAGGCUGGUUGUCUAGGUCUAGUAGACCAAUUGCCUACCAUGUGCAAUGCUCUGGGUUCGAGUCCCACACUGGGAGACUUUGUUCCCACACUUGAACAAAGCAAAGCCUUUCUCAACCCCAAGCCUGAACACAGCAAACACAGGGAUAAUUUCUCUUGCAAUACUAAGCCUCUUUCUGGAAUUUAGUUUUCCAGGACCCUCUCUCCCACCUUUUCUUUAUCUUACCCAGGUGUGUGGUGAGACUUGGAGUGGACAGGGUUCCCAGCAUAAAAGGCACAACAGAAGUAGGGGUUGGGCACCACUUGUGACUGUCACGUGCAGUGACUCCUAGAGGCUUAGGAAUGAUGUGCCCCCUAUGGUCAUGCUUGGUUCUUGGGACUGAGUUAUAGAUGCUAACUGUGCUCUGCAGUGGGACUCUGCAGCUGUGCAGGUCUCUCACAUUCUCAGCACCUGUGUAAAGCCUGCAGGGAAGGAGCACAGACCACAGCUAGGCCUUCUAGAAUUCUGCAGAGGCGAAGCCCAUGUGGAAAGGGAUGUAUGUAGUACAGUGUUGAGGAAGACUUGAUGGUGUGGCUCGUGAGGGCCAGAGUGGUUGUGGAACUUCAACGUGGAGCCCUAUUUCUGCUGGGCUUUGGUUAAAACAGAGUAGUUUGUGCGUUCGGCAGCUGGGGGCAAGGGUGCAGUAACCCCCAAACCACAUCCUCUGGGGGGGGGGGUUGUUGCUGUAAUCAACAGAGGUACUUAGCUGGAACAGUCCCUGGAAGAGCUGUGUGGCCUUCUGUGGGAAAGCAUUGCUUUGGAGAAAGCUCAGGGAUGUAGAGCAGGUGAUAAUGUCCAGUUAGGAGGUACCGGUAGAAAUGGGCAGUUGUUAGGGGCUAGAAGAAAAUAACACCAAUAAAGGCACAAUGGUGCCCAGAUUCUAACUGCCUCAAUUCAAUGCUGGGUGUUCUGCAGGAGGCAGUCCCUGGGAAGGAGUACAUCUGAGCUUCCUCAAGAGUGGUUCCACUGGAUGUUUACAGACCACUGUUCUACAGACCUCUUGGCUUGUACUUCCACGGUCUCUUAUAAUAAAUGCAAUCAUGGUAGUUGAUCUGUA